AGAAUUACUUAAUAGAGUAAAUGAAAUUAAAAUUUCGGCACGUUUAAAUAAUCGCAAUAAUUUAUCAUCUGUUCCUAUGGAAAAGGCGAAGAGUAAUACCGAUACGUCCACUUUGGGAAAUCCCGUAAUUACUAGUAGCAAGAUGAAAACUAGGACAUUAAGUGCACCUUCUAAACCUAUGAAUAUUUCGUUACGAAGAUCAAAUUUAUCUCUUACGAUUGAUACCGAAAAAUUGAGUCGUCUAUCAGUUAGUCGCCUAUCAGUCGCCAGCGAUCGCCUAUCAGUUGCAAGCAGUCGCCUAUCGGUUGUUAGUAGUAGAUCUCGACGUAGUAGUUUCAGUAGAUCAAUACAUGAAGAAACAAAUUUCUCAGAAUAUAAUGUAGAAAUUACAAAUUUGAAAAAGUGUUCGAAAUGUGGUCAGCAAGCAUCACAAGAUUGGUGCAGAAAAUGUGAAUCCAAAAGAUUUAAAAAACUUUCGAAAAAAUGGACAAGUGGUAAUGAAUAUCUCGAUAAACUUAUUAAGUAUACACAACAUAAAGCUUAUGGACCAUGUUCUUUCUGGGAAUGGAUUCCAUAUGAAGGAUUUUCGGAUGUUCAGUAUUUAUCAAAAGGUGAAUUCGGAACAAUGUUUGUUGCAACUUGGGUGAAUGGGCCUAGAGAUUUGUGGGACGAUGACUUACAACAGUAUGUCAGAAGAAAAUCUUAUAAAGUUGCACUUAAAAGACUUGACAAAAAUAUUAUUAACUUAGA